AGCGUCUUACCUCGCAAACAACACGGCAACUUGACCGUACAGACACUUCUUCGCCAGACUCCAGCGCGCGUCGCCAUGGAAGGCGUGCUAUGGACGCGAGAGGGCCGCAGCAAGCUGCUUCGAGGCUGGCAUAAGCGCUACUUCGUGCUGUCCGAGGCCGGGACCCUGCGUGAAUACUCGUCCGACGUGAGUAAGAAGGAGCUCCUGUCUCGCGUACGCCGAGCGUCCUCCGGAGCGUCCACCACGUCAUCCACCUCGUCACCCGACCGCAGCAAUGGCAACAGUGGGAUGACACUGAGACGUGAAGUGGACGUGAGAGGCGCAGCUGUCAAGACGCUGCCGUUUCCUCUGGUAGGGAAGCACAACGCGUUCCAAGUGACCAUUUCCCCCAUAGCACAGAUAAUGGGUACACCACAGGACACUACGCUGAAAUUGGUGCUUAGUGCACGACAAGCGGACGACGUGCGGCAGUGGAUGACUGCGUUGCGCUCAGCAGCGUUGAAGCUGACGAUUCCGCGCCGCCCGAGCCCCAUGGGCUGGAGCAGAGGCAGCGACUCGAUGGGUUCAAUGGGCAACGAAGAAGAAAGUGACUUUGUGGAGGUGAAUAUGCCGCAGCGAGCCGAUAUGGCGCAUUUGAGCUCGGUGUAUGAGUGGAUUCACGAAUGUUGCGUUAAGACUUCGCAAAAUUUGACAGUAGCGGGGGUGGAUAUACCCAGAGGCUCGUUGUUAGUAAGUGCCAAUGGCGUUUCCUUACAAACGUUGACAUCAGUGGAAGUGAGGAAAUUACUGUUAGAAUCGACGGGUACAUUACCGGUAUCGUUGAGGUUUUUGCGAAGUCCAGCGAAAUGUGGAGUUUUACGGGCGAAAUUGUACACUAGUCCGCUGACACAAUUGAAAUCGUUGGCGAAAUAUCGGAAAUCGUCCCGAAUGGACUGGAAAGAGCAGGUUGUGGACUUAUCGGGGGAUUUGUUGACUUGUCAGUUGAAGGUUAAAACACCCAUGGCCAUUGGAAACAGCAGUAGUAAUAGUAGUAACAGCAAGACGAAACGAGUACUGGUACUGAGCAGUGGCAGCUCGGUCAAGCCUGUCCAUGAGUUGGUAUCAGAUCGCAAAUAUUGCUUUAUGGUGACGGUACAAGCACAUUCAAUGUUAUUUCAAGCACGAUCCGAGGUAGAUCGAAGAGCGUGGACGGACGCAAUACAACGUGCCAUUACUAUAGCGGAAGGGUUAGUACCUGGAGGUGCAUUAGCACGCGGUUCCUUUGACUUAGACGCGCUACAGUUGCAGAGUUCAAUGAAUAUGCGGCAUUUAGAACAAGAAUUUGAAGGCAUGGAGGAAGGCGAUGGAAUGGACUAUGACGAGGAUGAUGGAAUUGAUGGAGGCCUGGAUGAAUUGAGUCCUGUAGAUACUGCAGCAGCACGUUUACCGUCGACAGAGGAUUGGAUAAGUGCUACCCAGUCAGCCGCGUAUUUACCGGAUAAAGAACUCACUGAGAUGCUGCGAGUGUUGCAAUCCAGCGGACGAUUCGUCGAGGCUCUCCAGUUAAUGCAGAAAAACACUACACUACGCAGCAAAUACUGGCACCAAAUUUUCCGGUGGGCUCUGAUUCCUGCACGAAGUGGUGAGGAGAAGCAGGAAUUGUUUCAGCGAUUAACCCAGACUUCGCUUUCAGAUGAAGAUGAUUCGCAAGUUCAGAAGGAUAUUCCUCGGACUGCAAAGUGGCUCGCUGGCUCAGCUGGUGCUCCGAAGCUCGAUGAUACUGAACGUGCUGUCCGAUUAGAGCGGUUAGAGCACGUGUUGCAUGCUUUCCUCGCCAGUUGCUCUCUCGACGUGCGAACCGAUGAAGAACCAGUGUCACCUUCGUCUGCAGGGUCUUCUUCAUCGUCAAGCUUUUAUAUGCAGGGCAUGAACGGGUUGGCAUUUAUCUUACUGGAAGUAUUGGAGAACGACGAAGUGGAAGCUUUUCGAUUCCUACGAGGCAUUGUAGCCCGUAUCUUACCGCAUGUGUUCGGUAUCUGCUGUGAAGGUACUGGACGUGACCACUUCGACCUGUUCCGAUCGCUUGUCGAGGUUGGUGACGUCUUACAGGAAGUGGCACGGCUGCAUCUACCGAAUUUCCACGCAGCAUUGGAACGUGCGGGGCUUCCUGUGUGUUUACUGGCAUACAAGUGGUUCCCCACGCUCUUCUCGGACGUGACGUUGACAGCGUCGCACUCUCAACUGCGGUUCGACACGCUGCUGUGCUGUUGGGACGUGUGUCUGCUGCUGGGACUAGAAGGAAUGUUCUGCGUGGCGUUGGCGCUGUGUAGUACAGCAGAAGAUGAUGUUCUAGCUUUAGCUGGUUGUGGUGAUGCUGCGUGCAACAGCGCGGAGCAGGUGAGCGCUACGGUGGGGCGUUCAUUGGCACUUCUUACCCCCGAGGACCUGAUUACGAGCGUAUGUGAAGUAUUGGAAUUGUGUAGCCAUCCAGUGCUGCUUAAGCUGCGAAAUGCCCAUCGGCGUCGAUUGAAACUCGGAUACUCGAAAGUGGGCAACGGCUUUGCUGCCAGAAGUUCACCUGACCGGACAGUGGCGAAGAAACCUGAUGUUGUGCCACCGCCGAUGACUGUGACAGACUUGGACUCUGGCAAGGUAUUUAAGAUCUCCGAUUCGGGAAAUAUGCUGCUGCCGACAGCAGCGCUACAGUAACUUACUAUUAGUACGUUGUUUGCCUGCAAUGAAGUCAUGCCUAGGAUUUGGUAUGGACCGUAUUAUUUGGACUGUUACUAAAUAUUUCGAAUUAGCUGGAACUGCGGAAAAGGUGUAGAAAUAAUUUGAUAAAGUGCCGUAGUUUGUGCAAAAUGCUUUUUAUCUAUCAAGACAGAUUUUUUCUGAGAUAGCAGCACAGCACUUAGAUUCUUACCUUUUUUUUUACAGCUUCGCGCUGAAAUCUAACG